AUGGCGGAGAUUUCCUCCAGUAUGGAAAUCGGCGUGGCUUCAGAUCACUCUCCCAACUCAUUAACGUCCAUGAGGAGCAUCCGGAUCUAUUCGAAUGAACCGCAGCUUCAGAAGAUGUGGUUAGACGUAUUGUGUAUUCCACGUGGUAGCUCACACAAAGUAUACAGGAACGAACGACGGCGUGCCAUUGAGAAGAUUGAUUGGACUUUUGCUCGAGCAAGAAGAGUUCUGGUUCGCGACAAGCUUCUCAACAAUCUACGCACAGAAACAAUGUCUACCAUGGAGGUAGCCGCUUACUUGUGCUGCGCGAAGUGGUUGAGACGUUGCUGGACACUUGCAGAAGGCGCUUUGGCUUGGGAUUUCAGCAUCCAGUUUGCUGACCGCACGCUCAACUUCCUGGACAUUCUGAAGAUGGCAGAAGCCCCGUUUGAGCCUGAUCUAGUAGUACACGGCCAUUUCAGGGCCGAUAAUAGGGAAGAGUUCGACAUCGUGUUGCAGAGGAGACUGCAGACCGGGCUCUUAGCCGCUUUCCAGAGAAUUCCGUAUAGCAAAGAGAAUAACACGUGGGAGAAUAGAAGCCUUACAAAGUCUUGGAAUACACUGAGUGCUCGCUCGACAUCUAUGCCAACGGAUACGCCACUUAUUUUGGGGCUACUCAUGAAAGUGUCGAUCAAAGAUCUAACGAAUCUUGAUCACUCUCUGAGGAUGAAGGCUAUUCUCAAAACUCUUGCCAAGAUCCCUGCUGCGCUUUUGUUCAACAAGAGUCCGAAAGUGGAAUGUAAACCCAGAAAUCGCUGGGUCCCCUUGAAUCAAGCCUCCGCAGACCAACUUGAGCCGGGCCCGCUGAUGGGAUUGUUUAACGAAGGCCGCAUGUCCGAAUCUAGAGAUGCGGGGCCGUCAAGGAAGUUUUCGGUCAAUUUGCGAGGGAACCUCGAACAAUUGCGCGAACAGGAGUGGUUUCUGGUUCUACCAUACUCCUACAACAACAACAACAACAGUGAUUGGUCCGCAACUAUAUAUUGCAUCGGAUUCUGUGCGACCGUACGGCAAAGGAGAAACAUGUACUGCUCCAGUGGCAAAGCCUCGCUGAUGUCACUUGCUCGCGCAAUUUCAGUCGGCAUGCCACUCUUUCGCUGGAAGGAGUUCCAGUACCACCUGAUUCUGAAGUCUUUAUCGAAUCAGACAUGUCGGACUGGCCAAACCUCCCCUCCCUGA